AUGGACUUCAUCGGCUUGCAGAUGUUGGUGACGCUGCGGCAGCCUGAGGGCACUAUGCUCAAAGGCACGGUCAGCGAGAUAGAGCCUGGCGUGAGCCUCACUCUGGCCAACGGCAAGGCCGUGAUCGACGCCGCCAACAUCGUCGACGUUUCCGAGUACAAAGACGAUGUUACGCCCAAUACAUUCACUGCGCCAGGCAUCAGUCCUGUUCCCGCCCCUGUCGUGGCCCAGCCGGCGCAACCUGCGUUCGUUGACCCCGCGAUUCUCAGUAUGGGAAACCGCCCUGGAUCGGGUGCCAUAAGCGGAAGCGAUAAUCAACCACUCCCCGAAGUAAUACCUCAACCGACUGUGGCCGCCCCGAGAGGUCCUCAGCUCGGACAGCCAGGCGUCCUGCCCGCGGUGCACCUUGCUGUAGGACGAGGACACGAUGAUGCGGCCCUGAGCCUUAGCGAAUCUCUGCAGGAGCUUCACGUAGACGAGCUAACGCCUACUGCUGCAAGACAUUACGCCGCUGAUAAUGGCGUGGGCGCGCAAGGUGCGCACGAAGCAGCAGGUCCGUCGCAGAAAAAGAAGAAUAAGCGAAAGGAGAGAUCCAAGAUCCCGAAGAAUGGAGUCUCAGGAGAGCAUGCGCAAGAGAGCACACCAACUCGUGGAAACCCCUCUGCUCGUGGAAAGGGCUGGAGGCAGACGCCUAUCUUGCAAAGCUCGCCCUCGUUCCAACCAUUCAACUCCUUGAAGCGAGGAGUGAAGGGCAAGAAGGACCUCCCCGAAAACGGUUGGGCGUCCGAAGAUGUCACGGAAGAGAUGGGGGAAUUUGACUUUGAGGGCAGUCUGGCCAAGUUCGACAAGCGCACCAUAUUCGAUCAGAUGCGUAAGGAAGACCUGGUCGAUGAGGCGGACCGCUUGGUAACGCACAACCGGAAGCCGAAACCAGGAACUGCAGGAGGAAAGAACUUUCACCACAGUGAGAACGUUCUCGAUAUGCCCGCCAACACUUCCAGGGCAAGUCAGGACUUUUGGAACAGCGAGGCCGACGACGCCGUGAACGGUGCUGAUCGAUUGAGUGGUCGUGAUGUCCGCAGCGCCCAGAGUAGUCGGAGGGCAGACAGCAAACCAGGGGCUGCAAGAAGGUCGCAAUCUCGCAAAGCGAGCACGCAGCUCACAAGCCAGCCCCUGAAUCGCGGCAAUUCCAGCCAAGGUACCCAGCCUGGCUUCUAUCUCUUGCCAUCCAACCGGCGCUUAGAAACGGUGUCUGCCCUUCAAAUGCUGAACCUCGAAAAUAUUGCGGCUAAUGAAGUCGGACUGACUGAAGACAUGAUGACCGAGAACGCAGGGCGGGGCAUCGCGGAGGUGACUAUGAAGGCGCUUGAAGAUCCAGCCAUCCAGGUUCGGCUGGGCACUGGCGGUGCUAAUGCUCAAGCCGACAACCCAGUCGCCGCUGCUACUGUUGUCAUACUUGCUGGCAACAACAAGUCUGGCAUCAGGGCGAUUGCAGCAGCCCGUCACCUGCGGAACAAGGCUCUCAAUAUUCUUGUGUGCGUCGUUGGUAUUGAGCGGGAGCGGGACCUGCUCGAAGAUAUGCGACAGCAGAUUCGGAUUUUCAAGAACUUCGGCGGUCGCGUGCACAACAAGCUGGAAUUGUUUGAGCAGUUGCGGAAAACCUCUUCGAACCCAGCCACCUCCGUGACCCUCAUCAUCGACGCCCUCUUGGGCUUGGCCAUCUCAUUCGAGGAAUUGCGGACAGGGGAUCAAGCGACUGUGUACGAAUUGAUUGAAUGGGCCAACCGAAACGAAGCUUUUGUGCUUGCGGUGGACGUGCCGACUGGUAUCGACCCGUCGACUGGGAAGGUCAGUAUCAUCGACGGCGGCCGACUGUACGUCAAGCCACGAUUCGUCGUCGCUAUGGGCGCACCGAAGAAAGGCCUGCUCGAAGCUAUGGCGCCAUCAGAAUCAGACCCCGCUGUCAACAACUCCACAGCAGAAGGGGCUGUUGCCGAGGACGAAGACUGGAAGCUUUUCAUUGCCGACAUGGGUCUUGGCGCAGCCGUAUGGAAGAAAGCCGGAACCAAGAUCCGGAGAGGCAUUGAUUUCGACAACAAAUGGGUGCUGCAGAUGAGAUAUCAACCGAUUCUCACGGAAGAGUAA